AUGGUCAAGGCAUCCAGAUUUGUCCUUGGGACGAUUGAGCAGAACCCGCUGCAGUCGGGGGUGGAGGAGGAAUCCAGAUACAAGUCUUUGCUGGCGAUUUCCGUGCUCCUAGGCCAUGGAACGGAAGACCCGUUUGUGGAUUGUGUCUCUAGGCCGCCUGGCGCGUCGGAUACCGGCAGACAUCGGCAUGCGGACCGAGUGGAAGAGCAUGUCAAAGUAAAUAACAAGGGUGUUGGAUCAAGGAGCCUGAGGGGCUUGAUGAGAUGGUGCAGUUUCUACGGAUUGCAGCUAGGCAACAAGGCAAGGUAG